CCCAAGAAUCAAAAUGGGCAAAUAUCUGUGCCGUAGGAGAAUUGGGUAGCCAAAAAAGACAAGCAACCGUCCUAAAGAAACAGCUCUCACUAUAUAAAGAGUUCACGGGCAUAGAAAUUGUCACAGAAAUAUCCUUCCAUAGCCGAGAAAUCCACCAUGCACCACAGAAUGGCCACACAGAAAUCUCCUACCAUUUCCCUCAUCUUCUUCUUCAGCAUCAUAAUCCUCCAUGCCCAAAUCCAAGCAAGCCCAAUCAAAACCAUAGUCGUUCUUGUGAUGGAAAAUCGUUCUUUUGAUCACAUGCUGGGUUGGAUGAAGAAGAUUAACCCAGAAAUCAAUGGUGUUGAUGGAAAUGAGUGGAACCCAUUGAACACAGGCGAUCCAAAUUCAGAGAAAUUGUUUUUCAAGAAUCAUGCAGAGUUUGUUGAUCCUGAUCCUGGCCAUUCUUUCCAAGCUAUAAGGGAGCAAAUAUUUGGGUCUAAUGACACCUCCAAGAAUCCUCCUCCCAUGAAUGGGUUUGCUCAGCAAGCUUUCUCUAUGGACCCCUCAGGAAACAUGUCUGGAGAUGUGAUGAAUGGGUUUGAUCCGGAUAAGGUUGUUGUUUAUAAAACUCUGGUUUCAGAAUUUGCAGUCGUUGACAGGUGGUUCGCAUCCGUUCCGACGUCUACACAACCGAAUCGGCUGUACGUCCACUCAGGAACGUCCGCCGGAGCCACCAGCAACAUUCCGGCAUUGCUAGUGAAAGGUUACCCGCAAAGGACCAUAUUCGAGAACCUGGACGACGGCGGAAUAUCUUGGGGGAUAUACUACCAGAAUAUUCCGGCGACAUUGUUCUAUAGGAAUCUAAGGAAGCUCAAAUACAUAGGCAAUUUUCACUUAUACAAUACCUUUAAAAUACAUGCACGACAAGGGAAGCUCCCAGGAUAUGUUGUGGUGGAGCAGCGGUACAUGGACACUAAGGCUGAGCCUGCUAAUGAUGAUCAUCCUUCCCAUGAUGUGUAUCAAGGCCAAAUGUUUGUCAAAGAGGUGUACGAGACACUAAGGGCUAGUCCACAGUGGAAUGAAACUCUAUUUGUGAUCACAUAUGAUGAGCAUGGAGGGUUCUAUGAUCAUGUGGCCACACCAGUAAGUGGGGUCCCCAGCCCAGAUGGGAUAGUAGGGCCAGAGCCAUUCUUGUUCAACUUUGAUAGGCUGGGAGUUAGGGUUCCCACCAUUUUGAUCUCACCUUGGAUAAACAAGGGUACUGUCGUUCAUGGCCCCAAUGGGUCACCAUUUCCGACUUCGGAAUAUGAACAUUCAUCCAUUCCGGCGACGGUGAAGAAGCUCUUCAACCUUUCUUCACCCUUCCUAACCAAGAGGGAUGAAUGGGCUGGAACCUUUGAGGGUGUUGUUCAGACCCUAACUGAACCCAGAACUGAUUGCCCAGUGCAACUACCAACUCCAGUCAAGAUCAGGCAAGGCGACGCCAAUGAAAACGCAACGGUUAGCGAAUUCCAGCAGGAGCUACUGCAGCUAGCAGCAGUGCUAAAAGGAGAUCACAUAUUUACAAGUUUCCCUGAAAAGACCGGGAAAAUGACAGUAAAGCAAGGAAAGGAAUAUAUGGAAGAUGCAGUGAAACGCUUCUUUGAAGCAGGACUCUAUGCCAAAAAAAUGGGAGUUGAUGAAGAACAAAUUGUUCAAAUGAGGCCAUCCCUCACUUCUAGAUCAUCUAAACCAACCAACAACCACCCAUAAGAACAUAAUGUGAAAUCUUUACAAAUGUAACCUCAGCACCCAUUUAGAAAUGUAAGCACAGCAACAGAAAGUAAAAGCAAAUAAUGGUUUCCCCA